CGUCCAAACAGAGGGUUAAAGUACAAGCCAUAGCAAGUCAGGAAAUGUGUGAACUAAUUAGUUCCUUUCCAGUAAAACACCCUCCAUCGACAGCAACCAUGAUGGCAGCAACAACAGUAUACCACAAAUUCACUUGUGUUCUUCUCUCUCAUUUCCAACGCCGUUAUUCCACCAACCACUCUCCGUCAACUAACCAACUCGCCGAUCAAAUAACCCGUCUUUUAAUUCUCCAACGUUACACUGCCGUUAACAACCUUAAAUUCGAAUUUUCCGACAACCUCGUCAACACUGUUCUUAUAAAACUCAAACUUAACCCUAACGCUUCAUUGCAUUUCUUUAAAUUAGCUUCACAAAGACAGUAUUUUAAACCUAAUUUAAAGUCUUACUCUAGGAUAGUUCAUAUAUUAUCUAAAGCAAGAAUGUUUGAUGAAACUAGUUUUUAUUUAUCGGAAGUUCUAGAACUUUCUAGAAGUAAUAAGAGACGCGUGUCGUUUUUAUGGGAUGAAUUGGUGUCAGUGUAUAGAGAGUUCAAGUUUUCACCUACAGUUUUUGAUAUGGUUUUGAAAAUUUACGCAAAAAAAGGGUUGGUAAAGAAUGCACUUUAUGUGUUUGAUAAUAUGCCUAAGUGGGGUCUUGUGCCAAGUUUGGGUUCUUGUAAUAGUUUGUUGAAUAGUUUGGUUAAAAAAGGUGAGAUUUUUACUGUUUUUUCUGUGUAUGAUGAGAUGAUAAAGAUGGGGUUUAAUCCGGAUAUAUAUACGUGUACGAUAAUGGUAAAUGCGUAUUGCAAGGAAGGGAAAGUUGAUAAAGCUGAGAUUUUUGUUGAAGAAAUUGAGAAGAAGAUGGGGUUGGAGUUGAGUGUUGCUACUUAUCAUAGUUUGAUUAAUGGGUAUGUGGAGAAGAAGGAUCUUAAGGGUGUCGAAAGAGUGCUGAGGCGAAUGGAUGAUAGAGGAAUUUCAAGAAAUGUAGUUACAUUUACGUUAUUGAUUAAGGGUUAUUGCAGGCUGUGUAAGAUGGAGGAAGCAGAGAAAGUGUUCAGAGAAAUGAAGGAAAAGGAUGAGCAGGCGUAUGGCAUGUUAAUUGACGGGUUUUGUCAGAUGGGAAAAAUGGAUGAUGCGCUCAGGAUUCGGGAUGAGAUGUUAAGAUCAGAGUUUAAGAUGAACCUGUUCAUCUUUAAUUCUUUGAUAAAUGGAUACUGCAAAGCUGGUAAAAUUAGCAACGCCGAACAGGUUGUUAGGGGCAUGAUUAGCUGGAAUCUAAAACCUGAUUCGUAUAGCUAUCACACCCUUCUAGAUGGUUAUUGUAUGGAAGGACUGAUGCAAAAUGCAUUUAACCUCUGUGAUGAGAUGAUUCGCAAUGGUAUCGAUCCAACAGUUGUCACUUACAACACUCUACUAAAAGGAUUAUGUCGGGAAGGUGCCAUUGCUGACGCUAUGCGUCUUUGGAAUUUGAUGCUUAAAAGAGGUGUUGUUCCUAAUGAAGUUGGAUAUGGUAUUCUCUUAGAUGCAUUUGUUAACAUGGGAGAAUUUGAAAAGGCUUUGGUCUUGUGGAAACAUAUUCUAGCCAGAGGGCACACGAAAAGCAGGAUUCUCUUAAAUACGGUGCUCAAAGGAUUCUGUAAGAUGGGGAAAAUGGUUGAAGCCGAGCGGCUUUUUAACAAAAUGGAGGAGCUUGGCUGUUCCCCUGAUGGAGUAACUUAUAGGACCCUAAGUGGUGGGUACUGUAAAGCAGGGGAGAUUGAAAAAGCUUUGAAAAUAAAGGAUGCCAUGGAAAUGCAGAAUAUUCCUGCUUCCAUUGAAAAUUAUAAUUCCCUUAUUAGUGGACUUAUAAAGGCUGGAAAGUUUAGCAAAGUCAAAGAUCUCCUCAGUGAAAUGCAUGAGAGGGAAUUGACCCCCAACAUUGUUACACACGGAGCCCUUAUUGCUGGUUGGUUUAAAGAAGGAUUGCCUGAGAAAGCUUUUAAAGCGUAUUUUGAGAUGAGAGAGAGGGGAUUGAAUCCGAAUAUCAUCAUAGUUAGCUCCAUUAUUAGUGGAUUAUACAAACUUGGUAGAACUGAUGAUGCUAAUAUGGUCCUGCAGAAAAUAUUGGAUGCAAAGUUGUAUCCUGAUUUGAGACAUAUUUACAGUUUUUCAAACUCUAGGACAGUGCUGCCUGCUGUACAGAAAAUUGCAGAUUCCCUUGAUGGAAGUGCCACAAAAUCUGUUGUUCCCAAUAAUGUCCUGUAUAAUCUAGCUGUGGCAGGGUUAUGCAAAUUGGGGAAGAUCGAUGAUGCAAGAGAUGUUAUAAAUUACUUCUCACAAAAAGGCUUUACCCCCGAUGAGUUUACCUACUGCACCUUGGUUCAUGGCAUAUCGUUGGUUGGUAAAGUUAAUGAAGCUUUCAAUUUGCGUGAUGAGAUGCUAGUAAAGGAUCUUGUUCCAAAUGUUGCAGUAUACAAUGCUCUAAUAAAUGGCCUUUGUAAAGCAGGGAACACUGAACGAGCAUUGAGACUUUUCAAUAAGCUUCAUUCGAAAGGGUUAUCUCCCAAUGUUAUAACUUAUAACACUCUGAUAGAUGGAUACUAUAAGAUUGGUAAAACUAGUGAAGCUGUGCAACUGCUGAAGAGAAUGAGAGAAGUAAAUCCUUCAAUCAUAAAAUAUUCCAUUGUGACUAGUGGUCUGCAUAAGCAAGGUGAUAUUCAAGAACCAAUGAAGCUUUUAAAUUGGCUGAUAGAAGGAAGGCUGGUUUAGACCAGACUCUUAUGAGACAGAGCAAAAAGAGAAGGACUCUUGGUCAGAGAUUGAAGGAAUAGACCGAGCUAUUGCAAUAUCUCUCAGAGGAGGACCAGAAAGGGAAAACUAUGACUGAUAGUGAAUCACAACUGAAAGAAGAUGAACAACUAGCCAGAGCUCUGCAGGAGAGCUUGAAUGUCGAAUCUCCACUUCAGCAUGUAAGCAGAAAUGAACACGUAAGCGGGAAUGGAAAUGGAAAUUUCUAUCAUCCAAUACCUUUCCAUAUUCUGCAGGCUUUAGGGUAUGUGCAGCUUGUAGCACUGAAAUAGGACAUGGACGGUUUUGAGUUGCAUUGGAGCAGUAUGGCAUCCAGACUGUUUUAGAUGCCAUGCCUGUAACCAACCAAUAUCUGAUUAUGAGUUCUGAAUGUCUGGGAACUAUCUCUAUCACAAAACAUGCUACAAGGAGCAUUAUCACCCCAAAUGUGAUGUCUGCAAACACUUCAUUAAGUACAAAAUGAUCAUUUCUCUUAAAUCUUCUGCAGAAGUCUUCUUACAUUUUCUUAAUUUUUCUAAAAGGAAAAGUCUGCCGAGGCAAUAAAACUGGUUUCUGCUCAGUCAGUUUCCUCAAUGCUUGAUUAAUGUUGACGAGGCCGUGCAGAUUUUAUUCUGUGCAGUCCUUUAAAAUAAUUGUAGAAAAGAAAGAUCUUAGUUUAGAAAUCAUGGGCUGUUGUGUCUUUUCUGGUUCAGAUGUCAUGGGCUGUAUAGUUUAUUCCUUGGUCUUCCUAGCGUAAUAAACAAACUAAUGAAGUGUACGGUAGAUGUCUCAACAUUUCAAUAAGUACAGAUCAUUGAGGUUAAUGUAAUAACCUGAGAAUCAUUUUACUAAAUUCUCUAUUUUCAGUUCUUAUUACACUAACUUGGUAUAGGCUGUCUCUUGUUGGUUAAGAAUCCCUCUAGCUGCUGAUAAUGCAUCAUUUCUUUGAGAUUCAUUAAGUGUUUCCUGUCU